CUGCUGCGGCGCUUCCGGUCCCGCGCACUUCCGCUUCCGGUGCGGCGGAGGAGGAGGAGGAGGAGGCGGCGGCGGAGCUGCGCAGGGAACGGCGGCGGCGGCGCAACCAUGAUCGAAGUCGUUUGCAAUGACCGCUUGGGCAAGAAGGUGCGGGUGAAAUGCAACACCGAGGAUUCCAUCCGCGACCUGAAGAAGCUGAUCGCGGCGCAGACGGGGACCCGCUGGGACAAGAUCGUGCUCAAGAAAUGGUACACCAUCUUCAAGGACCACGUCACGCUCGGGGACUAUGAGAUCCACGACGGCAUGAACCUGGAGCUGUACUACCAGUAGCCGGGCCACCAGCGGCCCCCUCAUCCCUUCCCAGUGCUCCCAGUUCCCCCCCACCAGUAGAACCAGUGUUCCCCCAUGGAAUCUCCCAUUCCUUUCCCCCGGCACGGCUGGGCUCCGGCCCUGCUGAGGCUCUGAACGUCCCCACGGGUGUUUUUUUCUAGUUUCUAAUAAACUCCUCCCCCCACUC